CUAGUACCAGGAAUAUAUAUGAUAAAGAAAAGCAACUUCCCUCAUUGCCCCUUUUUGCCUGCUUUCUUCUUCCUAUUCCUGCACAAAGACUAAAGGGAAAGUAAAGGAAAACAUCAAGAAAAUGGGGAUAUGGGACUUCAUCUCUGGAUCAACGGACUCUGUGAAGGGCCUUUUUCAGAGCUCGUACACUCAUGGUUCUGCAGUGUUCACAAAGAGCAAGGAGGUCUCAGCUGAUGCACUUCAAAAGGUUAACCAUCAUGGUUCCUCCGCCAUCACCAAGGGCAAGGAGAUCUCAGCUGAUGCACUUCAAAAGGUGAAUCAUCACUUGUCGGAUCCCCAAACCCGAUCCAAAAUCUCCAGGGCAGCUACUGAUUUCGCCAAGAACGCCACUGUUGAGGGCCUUAAAUCCAUUCCUGGUGCAUAUCCAACUUAUAAAAUUGUGUCAAAGUCCAUAAGAGAUGAUGAUAAGAAGUUAAAAAGUGAGAACGAUUCCAAGAAACAGGAUGAAGAGUUGAAGAAAUUGCAAGCCACAGUAAGCAAACUGGAGAAAGAAGUCAAUGUUCUGCGCGAGCAAGCAGCGGAACAAGCUGAAAAGAAGUCUCGAACCACGGUUGAAGUUUCUGUGAAACCCGAAGGCAAGGAUCAUUCGAUGAAGGAAUUCAUCCGUAGCCAUUUAUAGAGGUUGACGUGGUGGAAGAAUGUCAAGUAUGAUCCACACAUGUUUGUUUAAAUUACAAGACAUGUUUUAUGCUGUAUGAACUGAGUCAUGGCUGUCGAUGUUUUUUAAUGUAAUGUCUUUUUCCAAGUGUUGGCAUGAGAAAAAACCAGUGUUUCACUUUCAAGUAUGAUCCACACAUGUUUGCCGAGAAAACAAAGUUUG